CACCUACUAAAAUCUUAAUUGUGAUAUGAUCUGGUAUAUCUACAAUUUUACUAUCUUUUGGAAAUUUUUAAUUUUGAUUCAACUUCGCCUCUGUCGAAACUAACUGAAACUGAAGCACCUGUCAUGGAUCGUGCGAAAGAAGUAGAACGACCUGCAGUUAGAGCUUGUCGAUUAAUAGAAGAGAAUUUAGCAGUCGAUGCAGUUGCGCAUAUACUUGACGGAGUACCAGUAUCACUAGGAGAAUACCCACAUAUGGCAGCUAUUGGGUUCAGUAUUAUAGGAAAUGAAGAUGAAUAUGAUUUUCGUUGUGGUGGGACUUUAAUUGAUCCAAGAUUUGUUUUGACAGCAGCACAUUGCGUAAACAGUCGUGAAAGUAUGCCUGCCGUUGUGCGUAUGGGUGUAGUCGAUUUUACAGAUGAAGAACAAAUGGAUGAUCGUGUCGAAAUACCCGUUAUUAAAACUCAUAUACAUGAAAAUUACAGUUCUGGCAGUAAUUAUAACGAUAUAGCAUUAUUAGAAUUGGAAAGAAAUGUGACGUACACACUUGAUGUAUUUCCAACAUGUUUAUACACAAACAUAGAGGAUCCACCAGAAGAUUCUAUACUCUAUGUAACUGGUUGGGGUGUUGUUGAUGUUACAACACGAAGAAAGUCUGAUGUGCUGCUGAAAGCAAAAUUAAAAAUAACUCCAUUAAGUGCUUGCAAUAGAAGUUAUGCUGAACAAGGUCUUACGCGGCAAAUAUCUCAGGGUAUUAUAAAUUCUCAAAUGUGUGCUCAAGAUGACAGUGAGAUGAAAGAUGCUUGUCAGGGUGAUUCGGGUGGACCACUGAAUCUAGUUGUAAACGAAACAAUCAAAAAUUACCGUAUAAUUGGCAUUGUAUCAGCGGGUUUUAGUUGUGGAACCGAAACGCCAGGAUUUUAUACACGUGUCGCUGCAUUCUUAGAUUAUAUAGAAAGUAUUGUGUGGCCUUAAUCUAAGUAAAUGAUUAAAAGAUGCCUAAACUACAUAA